AUGCUAUUCAAUUUUAUUUUAUUGUUUUAUCUUUUAGACUCCUUCGCAAACUGUGCAGUCGUUUCCGGGAUUUUUACAUCAUUAGAUUCGAUUGUUUAUCAACAAGGUGCAAACUAUGGAUUUGAUGGUCCAGGAAACCCGAGCUGGGUCGUUACAAUGUCUUGGGAAAUUAACGGUGGAAAAGUGAGUCCCAAAGACACUUUUGUUUUGACCUUACCAUGUGUGUUUAAGUUCACUGCAACCACAAGUACAGUUGACUUAAAAGUAGCUGACACAAUCUAUGCAACAUGUUCUUUCCAACCAGGUGAUGUCAUUCUUUCUUAUUCCCAAUUAAGUUGCCAAGCUCUGGAUAAUAUCAAACUGAAUACCGAGGCCAAGGGGACUAUCAAAUUCCCACUAACAUUCAACGUUGGUGGAUCAGCUUUGGAACCAGAUUUGACUUGUUCGACGAGAUGGAAAGAUGGUGAUAAUGUUGUUACAUUCUUUGACGGUGAUCGAGCUCUUUCAACAACCGCGAAAUUUCAAGGAGAUAUACUACUGAGUCCAACCGAUGUAUUUAUUAAAAGUAGAGUUAUACCUUCCUUGAAUGUUGAAUUCCAUUAUCUUUCGGCUAGUCAUUGUACUGAUGGAUACACUUCCGGUAAACUUGGAUUCACAAUCCUAGCAUCUGGUGUUAGCAUAGACUGCAGCUCUGUGUAUAAAGGGCUAACUAGUAAGAUAAACAAGUGGUAUGUUCCAACGGAUGCAUCUGAACUUUCUGCUGUUUCGGUUCUGUGUACAGCUACUUCGUACCUGGUUUCUUAUCAGAAUAUUCCACUGGGUUAUCUUCCUUUCUUAACAGCUUUUAUGAAAGUCAAUACAGGCGUUGCGAAUAAGGUACAAUAUGUCAAUGAAUAUACCUGUAAGGGCUCUACAAAAGUAACCCGGCUGCAAACAAUUUUAUGGAGCACCUACCAAAAUUCGUCCCCUGGGGGUAGUGGCCAAGCAGUUUUCGUAACUACCUCAACUUUCCUUGGUUCAACAACUCUGGUCACAACGUUACCAUUUAUUGAAGGGGUCGGUACAAAAACUGUAGUUGUCAAUGUACCGAUUCCAACCAUUACAACAACAACCACAUGGGAUAAGACAAUUUCCGGCAGUACCACCGUAACUGCGAAUCCUGGUGCAACAGCAACUGUUAUAGUCCAAGUUCCAGUUUCAUAUACAACUACGACUGUUACAUGGGAUAAAUCGUUUUCAGACACAUUGACGUUAUCAUACAAAAAUGGUGAAACGGCAACAGUAUCGGUAAACGUGCCCAUUCCAACUGUGACAACAACCACAACAUGGGACAAAACAAUUUCGAGCAGUUCCACUAUUACCGCGAAACCUGGUUCAACAGCAACUAUAAUUGUCCAAGUCCCAGUCUCAUAUACAACUACAACAGUCACAUGGGAUAAAUCAUCUUCGCAAACAACGACAUUAGCUUACAAUUAUGGUGAAACUGCAACUGUAUCCGUCAAUGUUCCUAUUCCAACUACAACAAUUACUAGCACUUGGGAUGAAUUGUAUUCAAGUAUGACUACUAUUCCUGGCGAAGCUGGAGAAACUGCUACUGUUAUUGUCCAAGUUCCAAUUGAAUAUGUUACAACCACUGUCACAUGGGACAACUCAUCGUCUCAAACAACGACAUUACCUUACAAUUAUGGUGAAACUGCAACUGUAUCCGUCAAUGUUCCUAUUCCAACUACAACAAUUACUAGCACUUGGGAUGAAUUGUAUUCAAGUAUGACUACUAUUCCUGGCGAAGCUGGAGAAACUGCUACUGUUAUUGUUCAAGUUCCCAUGUCUUAUACUACUGUUAUUAUCACUUGGGAAGAAUUAUAUUCACAUACUACUACCUUGCCUUACGACGAUGUUGAAGUUGGUACCAUACUUAUCAAUGUUCCUAUUCCAACACAAAUAAGCGCUAAUUAUUGGGAUGAUCCAGACACGGAUUCUUAUGAACUGUAUUUGUCUGAUGAAGCUGCUGAGAUUUCUAGAUUUGAUGAUGCUGAUUCUUAUAUUAGUACUAGGAUUACAUGGGAUGAAACAAUUUCAGAUACAACUACAUCGCCUUACGAGGAUGAUGAUAGUGCAACUAUAGUUAGUGAUGAGCCUGCUUCAUUGGCAAAAAGCACUAGUGUGCAGGGAGACCCGAAAACCAGCGAACAUAGUAGUCCUGAUGUUGGCGAACAAGCUGGUGAAACCUCUAUUGGAAGUUAUACGCUUUCUUACACUACCAUUAUUGUCACAUGGGAUCAAUCAUAUACACAAACAACUACGUUACCUUAUGAGGAUGGUGAGACUGCAACUAUACUCAUCAAUGUUCCUGUUCCAGUUGAUAUGACUAGUACAACGUCAAGUGAUCCAGAAGCUGUUGUUAAUGUUCCUGUACCUGUUGAAAUGAGCAGUACAACCUUAGGUGAUCCAGAAGCUGGUGUCAAUGUUCCUAUUCCAAUUGAAUUAAGCAGUACAGCCGCAAGUGAUCCAGAAGUUGGUGUCAAUAUUCCUGUUCCAACAGAAUUAAGCAGCACAACCACAAGUGAUCUAGUAGCUGGUGUCAAUGUUCCUAACUAUGUUGCCACAGGUGAUGGUGCCUCUAGUGUCCAGAAUCCUUUGUCUUACACUACCACUAUUGACACAUGGAAUCAAUCAUAUACACAAACAACUACGUUACCUUAUGAGGAUGGUGAAACCGCAACUAUACUUAUCAAUGUUCCUGUUCCAAUUGAAAAGAAUACCAGUGUACGUGGCGACCCACAUGUUAGUAUGGUGAACGAACCUGAUUUUGUUGGAGAAAGUAGUCAAACAUCUAGUGGAAAUGGUCCUAUCGCUUAUUCGACUACAACUGUCUCUUGGGAUGAAUCAUAUUCACAAACAACCACAUUGCCGCUAGAAGAUGGUACGACUGCAACGGUACUUAUCAAUGUUCCUGUUGUAGUUGAAGCAAGUGAAUCAGUAUCGGAUUACAAGUAUCCGGCUUUGACAGUCUCGGCUCUGUCAUCUCAGAGUUCGUCAAUUCCAUUAAAUGAAAACUCGGAGUUUGUCGGUAGUCUUUCAUCGACCUCGCAAAUUCCAUCUAUUACAAUUAAAGGUAAGUUUACAACAUCUUCAUCGGCUCAGGGAGUGUUAAGCACAGCAUUAGAGAGUGAGAUUAUUUCGGUUAUUCCAAUCCAACCUGAUGGUAUCGUUAGAUCAACCACAAUAGACACUGAAGAAGAAACAACAGAAGCAGAACAAAUUCCAGAGAUGGAUAAUUCAAAUAUAGAAUUAGAAAUUGAGACUAUAUUGGUCAUUCCAAUCAAACCUGAUGGUAUUGUUAGGUCAACCACAAUAGAUGCUGAAGCAGAAACAACCGAUGCAGAACCAAUUCCUGAGAUGGAUGAUUCAAGUGUAGAACCAGAAACUGAGACUAUUGUGGUCAUUCCAAUUCGACCUGAUGGUAUCGUUAGGUCAACCACAGUCAAAGCUAAAGCGGCAACAUCAGUCGAUGAGCCAGAUCCGGAAACAGAGCAAAUAUAUGUGGGAGUAACUGAAACAUUCUCUGAAUUAAGUCAGGAAGAGUACACAUCACAAUUUAUGACUACUAUGCCAACAGCGCAUGUAACAGAAGUAAGCUCGGAUGCUGAUCAAAUUAGCCAUGAAUCAAGUGAUAUAUCCGUCGAUACAUUCAAGUCCGAUUCAGCAACAGAAUCGAAAUAUCUGGGUAUCCCAGAGUCCAAAUCUUCGUCGAAGAGAAUACCUGCGUCCUUGUCUAGUUCCUCGAUACCAAUGGCCAUUCCUUACCGCAAUAUCACAAGUUUAGAGGAUCAUGAUCCAUUUACCUUUACUACGUCAGAGAAAGAAGGUGAGGGUGUCACAUCUUCGUCUGGUACUGGUAAAACCCCAUUGGCUUCUACUACACAGCCCAUGAGUCCAGGAAGUAGCUAUAAUCCACCUGAUAUUGACAAGGCUGGUUUAUCUACUUCGUCACUUGUUCCUACCUUGCCAACAGCCGAAACAGUUCCCGGUUCAACAAUUUCGACUGGUAUUCCCACAGAUCCUGCUAACAAUCCUGAGACUCCUCAACUUGAUUUGGUUAGUAAUAGUACUCCAAUUCCUGUUAAAACAUUACGUGUUAGUGUUCUUGAACCAACUCCAAGUGGGAUUUACGAUACACCUGAGUCAAUUUCGAUAUAUUAUGGUUCAGCAUCUGGUAUAUAUUUGAAUUUGAUCUUGUUGGUUAUUUCCUUGAUCAUUCAGGUUUAG